UUCCCGACAAGGUCCGGGUGUCCGAGCUCUGCGAUCGCCGUGCUGCACCGCGCCGCACCCCUGCUUUUGCUGUUCUGCUACCCCGCCUGGGCCAGCGCCCCCCAAAAUCUGCCCCCCCCAAAAAAGCAAGCUCGAUUCAAGAAGGCUGACCUAGCCAGAUUCCCCUGCGGCCGCCGGGAUCCGCAGGCGCCCAAGAUGGUUUGCGGGGGCUUCGCGUGCUCCAAGAACUGCCUGUGCGCGCUCAAUCUGCUCUACACCUUGGUCAGCCUGCUGCUGAUUGGAAUUGCUGCCUGGGGUAUUGGCUUUGGGCUGAUAUCCAGCCUCCGGGUUGUUGGCGUUGUCAUUGCAGUGGGCAUCUUCUUAUUCCUCAUUGCACUCGUCGGGCUGAUUGGAGCCGUGAAGCACCAUCAAGUGUUGCUGUUUUUUUACAUGAUUAUUCUCUUGCUUGUAUUUAUUGUUCAGUUUUCUGUAUCUUGUGCUUGUUUGGCCCUGAAUGAGGAACAACAGGGUCAACUUCUGGAGGUUGGGUGGAACAACACGGCGAGUGCUCGAGAUGACCUCCAGAGAAAUUUAAAUUGCUGCGGCUUUAGAAGUUUCAACUCAAAUGAUACCUGCCUGGCUAGUUGUUACAAAAGCAGCCAGCAGUGCUCGCCUUGUGCUCCCAUCAUAGGAAAAUAUGCUGGAGAAGUUUUGAGAUUUGUUGGUGGCAUCGGCCUCUUCUUCAGUUUCACGGAGAUCCUGGGUGUUUGGCUGACCUAUAGAUACAGGAACCAGAAAGAUCCUCGUGCUAAUCCUAGCGCAUUCCUCUGAUGAACAAACAAGGAAAAUCUUUCCUAUUUCAACCUUGUUCACUUUCUUUGACUUUUAAGUUAAACUAAUUUGGCUGUGGGGAAACAGUGUCUGGAAA